AUGCAAGGGGUUCAGGUUCUCAGCCCAGAAGAUCUGUCAGGUUCUAAAGUGGUGGCCAACAAACCGGUGGCCGUGUUGAGUGGGCACACUUGUGCCCAAAAAAACACCAACUGUAACCAUGCCUUUGAGCAACUCCCGCCUGUGUCUGGCUGGGGUAAGAGUUACAUUGUGGCACCUGCUUCUGUUUUAUCAGAGAAGAGGUCAGACACAGUCUCUAUUAUUUCCGCUGGUCCCACCGAAGUGACCUACACCUCUGGUGACAAACAAGAGAAGACAAAUAUGGUGGCGGGUCAGGUCCUAGAACUUGAAUUGACAAACGAGCCAUUGAAAAUUGAAGCAAAAAAUGAAGUACAAGUCAUUUUCCUCAGCUCAGGUGGAAAGGAGAGAAGGUAUCAGUAUGACCCUUUCAUGAUGAAUGUCUUAGAUGUCGAUAGCUACUGCUCUUCCUAUGCCAUAUUUGGACAACGAAGCAUCGACAACUAUUUUACUAUAAUAGCCGAGAAUGAUGCAAUGGAAGGCAUCACUAUUGACGAGAAAAGCCUUAGUAAGCCCGAGUGGAAGUCAAUCCCAGGAACAAAAUUCAGCUGGCUUGAGUACAAUUAUGGAAAUUCUGCAACCUCUCACAGAAUUGAACACGGCUGUUUUAGUGGCAAAAGAGUGAACGUUGACGCAGAUCUGCAGACCUUCUCAGUUCAAAUCAAGAACGAUAAUCGUGGAAAUGCCCAAGUCUCUUACGUAGGGCAAGUCACAUUACAAACAGGUGGCCAUACCAUUGUGGUCAAGAAAGGAGAAUAUGGCUAUGUGAGGGUGGACAACUGCCUAAGACAACUUCCUAUAUUAUUAUUGAACGGGACUCUAAGAAUGUUCCAGAGUGGGAACGCAGCCAUUAUACAGCUUGGAAACGAUAUGACGAUGUCUUACGACUGGAACCAUUACUUGUGGAUGGAGCUGACACGGCGCUAUGCUGGAAAGAUGUGUGGGUUGUGUGGAAAUUACAACCAAAAUUCGUCUGAUGACUUUCUUACUCCUUCUGGGACCCAGGCUGCCAACCCCAUUGCCUUGGGAACUAGCUGGGCGGUAGAAGAUGGAACAUCGUGCUGCCAUGGCCCUUGUCUCAGCUGCCCACCCACCACUGCCCAACAGUACAAAACUGAUGGCUUCUGUGGGCUCAUCAGCAAAACCAAUGGUCCAUUUGGCGCUUGCCAUUCAGUUCUAGACCCCAAGAUGUACAUGGAAAACUGUGUGUUCGAUGUGUGUAUCAACAGUGGAUACAAGCAGAUAUCAUGUCAAGCAGUCAGCGCAUACGCUGACGCCUGCCAAAGGGCUGGAGUUAAGAUUGGGCAGUGGAGAAGUGCAGCAGGAUGCCCCUUACCAUGUCUGGCAGACAGCACCUACAAAUUCUGCGGUAGUGCUUGCCCAACAACCUGCGAUGAUCCCAAAAAUGCGUCCGUUUGUACUGACCCAUGCGUGGAGACCUGCGAGUGCAAUGAGGGGUUUGUUUUAAGCCAGGGCAAGUGUGUUCCGAGAACAAGCUGUGGCUGCAGGUACAAUGGAUUCACCUAUUCCCCCAACGAAGAGUUCUGGAACGACACCGUGUGUCGGCAGAGGUGCGUGUGCAACCCUCAGACUCAGAAGGUGGAAUGUAAGACUAGCCCUUGUCGAGCAGGAGAAGAGUGCGCUGUGAGGAACGGCAUCCUUGACUGUUACCCAAUGUCCUACGGGGUGUGCGUAGGCUUCACUGAUCCUCACUACAUAACGUUUGAUGGGGUAAUAAUAGACUUCCAGGGGACCUGUGUAUACCUGUUGGCAGGCCUCACUGAUCAAAGUCGAGGGCUCACCGAUUUCCAAGUCCGUGUUUGGAACCAAAACCGAGGCAAUGUCAGAGUCUCAUACACAAGUGCAGUUUACAUCAGCGCCCAUGGCAUAGACUUUGAAGCGCACAGACAGCACCCCAAUAAAGUCAUUGUGAACAACACACUGCAAAAUCUUCCAUAUAAAUCCCCGGAUGGCCUCUACAGCUUUUAUCGCAGUCCCUCUGCGGUUGUUUUUCAAUUCUCCUUUGGUCUGCAGGUCACGUAUGACUAUAACAGCAUUGUCAGAGUUCAACUUCCAGGCACUUACGCCAACGCCGUCUCUGGACUGUGCGGGAACUUUAACAAGAACCCUAAAGAUGACUUGAUUCCUAAAGGAGGAAAGAGUGUUGCGGACCCAACAACGUUUGGAAAGAGCUGGAAGGUAGCAGAGGUGUUGAAGUGUAGAGAUGAUGGAAACCCUGUCUGUAAUAAUCUCCAAUCUGAAGAGAAAAGGCAAAGAGAAGGAGCCAUCGAGUGUGGGGUCUUGGUUAACCAACGUGGUCCGUUCCGUGUUUGUCAUGCUCUUGUAGACCCAGAACCGUACUUCAAAAGCUGCGUCUAUGACUCCUGCAUUAUGGAGAAGCGUCAAAGUAUAUACUGCUCCGUCUUAACAUCAUACACAAUGGCAUGUCAGGCUGCAGGGGUAAAGGUACAACCAUGGAGGAGGCAAGACUUCUGUCCUCUUUCCUGUCCUGCACACAGCAGCUAUGAGGUCUGCGUAGAUCCUUGUCAGGUCACCUGCAAUGGUCUUAGUACCCCAAAUGGCUGCGUUGGGAAUUGUACAGAAGGCUGUGUCUGUAACAAUGGCUACAUUCUCAGUGGCGGAAACUGCGUCCCAAUCUCCCAGUGUGGCUGCAGCUACAAUGGUGCCUACUACUCCCUUGGAGAAAGCCUUUAUGUCGGGGACACCUGCACCCAGAAAUGUACUUGCACUCUCGGUGGAGUCAUGAGCUGCGCCCCUUCAUCGUGCAGCGCCAAUGAGGAAUGCCGUGUGGAAAAGUCUGUACUGGGAUGCCAUCCUGUAGGCUCGGCCACUUGCAAUACAGCUGGAUAUUCCAAUUAUAGAUCCUUUGAUGGACUCUCCUACAAAUUCCAAGGGAAGUGCUCAUAUGUACUGGCCCAGAGCUGUGGCAGCAGUGCCUCCGGAAGUGACAAAAGGCUGGAUGAGUUCAGGGUUACGAUAAAUCAUAAGAAAGAAGAUUCCAGUUCUGGAGUGAUCGAAACAGUAUUGGUGGAAACCAAUGGGUUCAGUCUGGUCCUCAGAAGCCAACGAAAAGGUGUUGUCGAGAUUAAUGCAACGUCCACCAGGAUUCCAGCAACUUUAUUGAACGGCAAAGUAAGAGUAGAGUGUUACGGCCAAGGCACGCUCAUCAAGACUGGCCAUGGCCUACAAGUCAGAUUUGACCACAAGAGCUACGCCGCCGUCACCGUUCCAGGCAACUACAGGAACGCCAUGUGCGGUCUUUGUGGCAACUACAACGGGAAGCAGGACGAUGAUGGACCGGCCUCCGGUGACCUGGCUGAAUUUGGAAACAAGUGGAAAGCUCCAGGAGAGACCGGAGACAAGUGUGGCGAAUGCGGAAGCAAAGCCAAACCGUGUUCAUCGUGCCCAGCAGAGAAGCAGAGAGUAUUUUCAAGAAAUAUUUACUGUGGUGUUAUGAAUGACCCGUCCGGUCCAUUCGCAAAAUGCCAUUCCAUCGUCAAUCCCUCUUCCUAUGUCGAUGAAUGUAUCUCUGAUCUAUGCCAGACCAAUGGAGAAGAUAGCAGUGUACUAUGUAACAGCGUCUACGUCUAUGCUGAUGCAUGCCGGUAUGCCGGGGUCAAGGAUGUCGUGUGGAGGAAAGAUGCUUUCUGCCCAAUGACCUGCGGCCCGCACAGCCAUUACAGUGCCUGCGCGGACAUGUGCUCCACCACCUGUGCCGCCCUGUCAGAUAUCUACGAGUGCUCCGACUUGUGUGAUGAAGGCUGCGAGUGUGAUGAGGGCUACGUCUUCGAUGGGUCGGACUGCUUGCCGCUGAGCCAAUGCGGAUGCUAUGAAAACGGAGUAUACUACCAGGCUAAUGAAGUUGUGUUGAAUGAUGACUGCAGCCAAGAGUGUACUUGCAAUCCCAUCUCGGGAGUCUCUUGCCGUAAUAAGACCUGCUCAGGGAACGACAAGUGUCUGAUUGUGGAUGGCGUCCGGACUUGUGUCGGCUCUGGUGAGUUCGGUAUUGUUGUGGAAGGCUGGAAUACCAACUUGAGAUAG